CCUAGCAGAGAAGCGGAGACAGAGAUCAGACGAAUGGGCAAGCAAAACUGGAGAUGUAGUACCGAGAGAACUCCCGAGCCCGCCACGCAACUUAUAUGACGAGAAUGACGGGAUUGAAGAGGAAAGCAUUCGAACUCUCCGUCCUUUGCGGCGUCGACGUGCUCGUUGCCUCCUUCUCGCCGGAACUUAACGCCGUCCAAUCCUGGCCGGAGAAGGACUCCGACGAAUUUUGCCGGACAAAAGAGCGUUAUGUCCAAUUUCGUAGAUCUGAGAUGGGGAGCCAAAACCAUUCAACGAUUUUUCCUUCCCUUCCGCUGGUUUCACAAGAAAUGCUAGCAAUGAGGUCUAAACUAAUAGAGAUUAGAGAGAGGUUAAGCUUCCUCGAAGCAGAAGCAUCCCCCAAUGCAGCCAUGGUUUCUUCCCAAUUCCAGCAAGAUCAGACAGCACCGCAGGAACAGAACACCAUUCCUCUAACUCCUUUUCUUGACGAUAUCUCCAUGGCGAUGUAUCAAGAUUCUUCCUUUCUGAUUCACCUAUGACGACAUCCGUCGAUGAUUUCAA